CUCGCAAAUAGCUUUAGAGGUUCUUUUUUUCCUGAUUUGCUCUUUUAUCUUAUUUGCAAUGGAAGGGAAGGGUUUAUUGAAAAAUUACUUGAUAUGGGUGAUAUUAUUGUUGGCGCAUCUACAAGGAUGCAAAACCUGCAUUGAAAAAGAAAGGAAAGCUUUGUUGGAGCUCAAGAAAUACAUGAUCUCGAAGAGUUCUGAAUCGUCCUACGAAGAAGAUACUGAAGAACGGAACCUGAAUUUUGUUCUCCCUACUUGGAGUAAUGACACAAAGAGCGAUUGCUGCGGGUGGAAGGGUGUUGAGUGCAAUCAUACAAGCGGGCGGGUUAUCCAGCUUUACGUUGGUCGGAAUUUCUUAAGAGAUUCCUUAAAUCUUUCUUUGCUGCAUCCCUUUGAAGAGAUUCGAAGUCUGAACUUAUCUCAAUCCGCAAUAACUGGCGUCUUUGAUGAUGUUGAAGGUUAUAAAAGCUUAAAAAAAUUGGAAAACCUGGAGAUUCUGGAUCUCUCUUCCAAUGGAAUCCAACGCAGCACCUUGCCUUUUCUGAGUGUCGUUACAUCACUUACAACUCUUAAUCUUCGCAGUAACUUCAUAGCGGGCCCUUUUCCUGUUAAAGAACUACAAAACUUGACAAAUUUAAAGGUGCUGGAUCUGAGUCGAAAUUGUUUUAACGGUUCCAUUCCAGAUCUAAGGAAUUUGACUAAGUUGGAAGUCUUGGGUCUUGCUAAUAACUUUGUUGAUGGACCUAGACAAAUAGAAGUAGUUUGUGGAAUGAAAAAUCUGCGGCUGCUCGAUCUCAGAGGAAAUAAUCUUGUAGGCAAGCUUCCUCUUUGUUUGGGUAGCUUGAACAAGCUAAGGGUUCUUGACCUCUCAUCCAAUCAGUUAACUGGAAGUAUACCAUCUACUUUCAGUGGCCUUGAGUCCCUAGAGUAUCUAUCAUUUUUAGAUAACAACUUUACAGGCGUAUUAUCGCUCAAACCACUCACCAAUCUCACAAAGCUCAAGGUCCUCAAACUUUCAUCAAGAUCUGAUAUGUUACAACUUGAUACAAACAGAAAGUGGCAGCCAAAAUUUCAACUGAGUGUUGCCCUGCUACGAUCUUGUAGCUUGGAGAAAAUUCCUUCAUUCCUUGUGUACCAGAAGAACUUGCGUCUAGUUGAUCUAUCCAGCAACAAGUUAUCUGGACACAUUCCUACCUGGCUACUGGCGAAUAAUUCAGAGCUUGAAGUAUUACAGUUGAAAAAUAAUCUUUUCACAAUUUUUCAAAUGCCUACAAUAGUUCAUACUUUGCAGGUUUUGGAUUUUUCAGCAAAUCAAAUUGGUGGGAUGUUCCCUAAUAAUAUUGGCCAUGCGCUUCCGGAGAUGGUGGAAAUGAAUGGCUCUUAUAAUGGGUUCGAAGGGGCAUUUCCGCCGUCUAUGGGUGAGAUGAAGAACAUUUCAUUCUUGGACCUGUCUUACAAUAACUUCUCUGGUAAGCUUCCAAGAAGCAUUCUUACGAGUUGUUUUUCACUAAAAUAUCUGAUGCUCUCUCACAACAAGUUUAGCGGCCAAUUUCUUCCAAGAGGAACCAACUUCACUUCCUUGCGCGUGUUGAGAAUUGAGAACAACUUAUAUAAAGGGGAGAUUGGAGUUGGUUUGCUUAGGUCCACCAGAUUGGAAUUCCUUGACAUGUCAAACAAUUUUCUCAAAGGUGCUAUUCCAAGUUGGAUAUCUAAGUUAUCUAAUUUGGAAUUAUUAUUUCUAUCAAACAAUUUCUUAGAAGGUACCAUACCACCUUCUUUGGUGGACUUGCAAUAUCUUUAUCUUCUGGACCUCUCUGGAAACGUAUUAUCUGGAGCCUUACCAUCACAUAUGGACAUGUCAUAUUUAUUCCUCAACAACAACAACUUCACAGGACCAGUUCCUUCAUUGUUGGAAGGUAUCCAAAUACUUGAUCUUGGUAACAAUAAACUCUCUGGGAGUAUCCCGCAGUUUGUCAAUUCCCUAGAAAUACGCAUUCUUUUGUUGAGGGGGAAUAAUCUGUCAAGAAAUAUUCCAAGGGGGCUGUGUGAUUUGAGCGCUAUUCAAGUUUUGGAUAUUUCAGAUAAUAAGCUUAAUGGCUCCAUACCUUCAUGCUUCUUUAACUUAUCAUUUGGAGUGCGAGAAGAUAUGUCCCGUGACUUUCGUUACGGGAUAGAUUUUUCUCUGGAGCGUAUCAAGUUGGAAUUUUACAGAUUCACAUUUGUGGUAGAGGAGCUUGCGUUACAAGACUAUAUCACUAAGGAUAUUGGAAUCGGUUUUGAAGUGAAGAAAAGGUAUGAAUCUUAUCCCACUGGAGGAAGUAAUUUCAGAAAAGGAAUGAUUGAUUAUAUUUAUGGGAUGGAUCUGUCUAACAAUGAAUUAAGUGGUGUCAUCCCAGCAGAGAUAGGAGAUCUCCCGAAAGUAAAAGUCAUGAAUCUAUCUCACAAUUUCUUGUCGAGUUCUAUACCAUCUAGCUUCUCCAAUCUGAAGGCCAUUGAGAGCCUUGAUCUUUCUUACAACAUGUUGCACGGAAGCAUUCCUUACCAGCUAACAAGCCUUACGUUUCUUGGAGUGUUCGACGUGUCUCACAACAAUCUAUCAGGAAUCAUUCCCCAAGGAAGGCAAUUUAACACAUUCAACGAGAGCAGCUUCUUAGGCAAUCCUCUUCUUUGUGGACCACCGAGCCAUAUAAGUUGUGAGGCUAAGAAGAUCUCAGAGGAAGCAAAUAAUGGAGGCGAAGAAGAAGACGAUGAAGAUUUUAUUGAUAUGAAGGUCUUCUACUACAGCACCGGUUCAACUUAUGUGGCCGCAUUGAUGGGCAUUGUUGUACUUAUGUGCUUUGAUUGUACUUGGCAUCAAGCAUGGCUCUGCAUUGUCGAUGCUUUCAUCGCCUUUGCAAAAAGAAUGUUUUCGUAAAUCUUUCAUCUUAGCUUUGGAUAUUUAUAAUUAUAUCCACAGAAAGCUUAGAUCAUCUAUGUUUCUUUAUGCAGUAUUUGUUCUUUUGAUUCCUACCCAAAAGCUUGAAUAAAAAUAUAUAUAUGUACUACACAUAAGGCAUAUGAUUGUACUUAUUUCAUUAUGUACACUUACAUAUGAGUCUUAAGCUACACAUAUA